AUGGAGCGGCCGACUAAGAAACGACAUGGCAAUGAGCUACUUCCGUCUCAUAAAGAAAGCGAUACAACCGAUACUAGUACCUUCCAACUCGCAAGCUUUGAUGCUGAUAUGAUGCAGCAACAACUUGAGCUUUUUAUUCGCAACGACGACGUGGAUUCGGCUCAGAUUUUAGGUGAAUUGCUGGUCUCCGUAGCACUCGUUCCAGCCGAUUCCAUAGCUCACAAAAGCAGGAGCAAUAUUCAGAAAAGAAGAGACGAUAGCUUUUUAUCUAAGAGAUCCAAUGAUCAUUUUGAAGUAACGUCGAGUAUUGUUCAAACGCUAUCGCCUGCUUUUCACGCCAAGACGCUGCGUCUGUUUGCCGAUUUAAUGUUUGCAAAGCGCGAGUUUAAACGCGCGAUUCGCUACUAUCAUCACAGUUGCAGAGAUAUGACUUGCGUGACGAAUGAAGAAGAGCUGGAGGUGAAGUUGAAAGUGGCUAGAUGCUACGUACAGCUUGACUCAAAUCACGAAGCUAUUAAAGUGCUCAAGUUAACACCAUCAAAUGCACGAAGUCUGAGCAUGAAUCUGCUGCUUGGGAAAUUGUAUUUGAACGAAGGACUGCAGAACAAAGCAGAAGAGAGCUACGUAGCAGCACUCAGACAGAAUCCAUACGCAUUAGAAGCAGUGUUAGCGCUCACGGAACUGGCCGCAGCAAAAGAUGCAUCCUCAGAUGCCUUUGCAUGUUCAUUAAACGCUAGUGAGAGCGCUCAGUCGGUAGGCAAAGGAACUUCUGGUCCAUCUCUGAAGAAGCAUGAAAUUGAACGGUUUUACCUUGGGAGUGCGACGAUAUCAAAGGAAGGACGCUGUGGUCUGUCUCACUUAGAUGCGACGUGGAUGCAGACGCUAGUGGAAGCUCACAUGGAUGCUAAACGGAGCAGGUAUCGAAAGGCCGUCGAGUCAUUUAAUAUGGUGGAUCGCGUUUUCCCUAAGAAUUUGCAUAGUUUGCUGCGUAAAGCAGCACUUGAAAGUGACCAGGAUCUACUUCAUCAAGCUCAUGUUACGUACACACGUGCACGACAAGUGGACGAUCUGAACAUGACCUUUAUGGACCGCUACGCCAAUUGCUUACGCAAAGAAAACUCUCGAACCAACCUUAAUAACUUGGUGCAGGAGCUAUUCAAGAUAAGCAGUACGUGCUCGGAGUCGUGGCUUGCUGCUGCCUAUUAUAAUGACUUGAAGGGUGACUACGAGACAGCAUUACAGUUUUGCGAGCGUGCCAUCGAGGAACAAAAUCGUCACGCACCCGCCCACUUAUUUCGAGGCGAAGUCUUGUUGCGGAUGCAUCGUCCAGAGCCUGCAUUGAAAGCAUUCUGGACAUCCUGCCGACUCACACGGUCGUUGGAAGCCUACACGGGUAUUAUCACCAGCUACUGUGACUUGUAUAGCAUCGGCGUGAAUCGUUACAAGGAAGCAUUUGCAACAGCCAAGAGUGUCGUGAAAAUGUUCCCGAAGAAGGCGCAGAGCUUCGUAUUGUUUGGCAGUGUGCUUGCUCUAAAUGCGGAGCACCGAGGACAAGCACAGCAGGCCCUGCAUAAGGCAGUAGCCAUGGAACCACGCAAGCUUUCCGCUACUUUUGCACUUGCCGAUCUGCUGGUUGAGGAAGGCAAUUUACGUGGCGCCAUUGAUAGACUGCAAGCAUUAGGUGAGCGUCAUCCGCGAGAAGAAGUCUUUACCAAGCUGGCAUACGUUUUCUCGAUGGAUAAGCAGUACGCGGAGGCACUCAAGUACUUUCACCAGGCGCUAAGGCUUAACCCAGAAUCGACUGAGGCACUGCAAGGGCUUGAUCGUCUCGAGAAACUGAUGCGCGGCGAAGACUUGGACGAACUUAGCAACUCGAUGGAGCAGAUAGACCCAGAAGACCAGGAGGAGUCGGUCGUGGCAAGCGAGUACCUCUCACCGUAG